UCCCGCGAGACAAGAAGACGAUUAAGGAGGAGGAAGAAGAGCGUGUUGUUUGUUUAGGUUUUCGCAGACAAAAUGGGGACCUUCUCCUCCUUUGUCCAAGUGUUGGGACUGUUCGUCCUGCUCGCGUGCUCACUGGCAUCUUCAGACGUGUUCGACAGCGUGUUGGGGAACACAGCAUCCUGCCAUAAGUCAUGUGAAAUGACAUACAGUUUGCACACGUAUCCGCGGGAGGAGGAACUCUACGCCUGUCAGAGAGGUUGCCGUCUAUUCUCCAUUUGUCAGUUUGUUCGUGACAACGAAGACCUAAAUCAGACCAAAUCUGAUUGUGAAUCGACCUGUCGUGAAGCCUACAGCCAUGCUGAUGAGCAGUAUGCAUGCAACCUGGGCUGUCAGAAUCAGCUGCCUUUUGCUGAGCAGCGGCACGAGCAGUUGGAGGCCAUGAUGCCUAGGAUUCACCUGCUGUACCCCCUGACUCUGGUCAGAGGGUUCUGGGAGGAUGUAAUGAGUCAGGCCCACAGCUUCAUCACCUCCUCAUGGACGUUCUACCUCCAGGCUGAUGAUGGCAAAGUUGUCAUUUUCCAGACUGAACCACAGGUCAAGUUUUUCACACAGUUUGAAGUGGAAAAAGACGUUAAAGAAGAGCCACAGAAGAGCUUCCCCGGUUUGAGCCCGGUUUACAAAGAAUACCACCGCACUUUAAUCCAAGAGAGGGACAGAGACAUGACUGGAGACCGCAGCUACGACGAUGAAUACAACCUCUUCAGCUGUCUUUCAAGGAACCCUUGGCUACCAGGGUGGAUCCUAACCACAACUCUGAUCCUGUCUGUGCUGGUGCUGAUCUGGAUCUGCUGCGCCACCGUGGCAACUGCUGUAGACCAGUAUGUACCUGCUGAGAAAUUGAGCAUCUAUGGUGACAGGGAGUACGUAAAGGAACAGAAGCUGACCCCAUACCCAGCGUCCUCCCUGCUGAUCAUAACCUCCAAAGGGCUGGAAGAAGAGGCCGGGCCGCUCCCUUCCAAAGUCGACCUGGGCCAGUCCAACAUCUAGAAGCCAAAGCUGUAGCAGAGAAGGGAUUUCCUCUUUUAUGAAUAAUCUUAAAUUGAUUUUUAUCCUCUGGCACAAGACCUGCGCUUCUCUAAAACAGAAGUAACUACUCGCAGAACAUUUUGUAUUACUGAUAUAAUGUCUCGUCUCCCUUUGACGCUUUUAAAAUUGGAGUCAUGAAAAGGUUUUUUUUCUGUAUAUUGGUAUAAUUGAGGCAUUAUAGUGUAGUGAUGGUGGUGAAAGUAAAAUAUGUUCUGGGAUAUUUUUUUUUUCCAGUUUGGAUGUGUGCAUUAGAUCCCUGUUGGUGUGCUUAUUUUAUUGAGUAAUGGCUAAAUGAUCUUUUUGUGACUUGAAGUGAUGCAGGUUUCAACCCAUCCCCUCAACUUUUGGUAAAAUAGAUUGUGCUAAUAUCGCAGACUCUCCCUGUUUGUUCUCAUGUUUUUACUGCCGUGAUUCACAGAUGAUUUGUUGAGUUUUACAAUAAAAUUCUUUGCUCUUAUGCUUAAUUAAAAAUGACGGUACACACGGUAGGUCUUUCCUGCUUCACUGUUCUCAUACUGAUGGAUCAGAUUAAAUACAAUGGAGUGAA